GUCUCUAUAAAUUAUUUGGGAGGGGGAGCGUGAGGUCACAGCAUCCAUCCUGGGUUCCUGUAGCCCGUCUGGGGGUAUUUGGGGUCACAGCAUCCAUCCUGGGUUCCUAUAGGCCGUCUGGGGGGGUAUUUGGGGUCACACCAUCCAUCCUGGGUUCCUAUAGCCCGUCUGGGGGUAUUUGGGGUCACAGCAUCCGUCCUGGGUUCCUAUAGGCCAUCUGGGGGUAUUUGGGGUCACAGCAUCCAUCCUGGGUUCCUAUAGGCCGUCUGGGGGUAUUUGGGGUCACAGCAUCCGUCCUGGGUUCCUGUAGCCCGUCUGGGGGUAUUUGGGGUCACAGCAUCCAUCCUGGGCUCCUAUAGGCCAUCUGGGGGUAUUUGGGGUCACAGCAUCCCUCCUAUGCUGUCUGUAAUGCACUUUGGGGGAGGAUCUGAAGUCACGUCGUUAUUUUGGGGCCACUGUAACUCAUGUGGGGGGCUUUUGAGGUCCCAGUGUCCUUCCCGGUUUCCCUAUAACCCAUCUGAUGGGAUCUGGGAUGGCACUGUCCUUCCUCGGAUCCUUAUAACCCACUUUGGGAGCAUUUGGGGUCACUGUGCAUCCAGAAGUCCCUAUGACCCACCCGGAGACAAUCUGGGCUCUCAGCUCCUAUCCUGGAAGCAUUCCAUGCAGCCCAGGAGCCCCCACACCCCAAUUCUCCUCUCCAGGAUUUCGAGGAGGACCCACGUGCGCCCCGUGGCCACAGGAGAUCUUUGAGCCGCAGUUCCCACCCUGGAGCCCCCCGGGGAAGCACCGAUGAGCGCCCCCCAGGCGUCGUGCCCACACCGCUGGCGGAGGCGAGCCGCGCCAUGGCCGGAGACACAACGCUGAGUGAGAACUACGCCUUCGCCGGCGUCUACCACGUCUUCGACCAGCACACAGACAGCGCCGUGCCCAAGGUGCAGUUUGCUCACGAUGACCGCCACCUGCUUGCCUGCUGCUCUCUGGACGGCACCAUCUCGGUGUGUCGGCUGGCGCCGGGGCCGCCGGCGGUGCUGCGGGUGCUACGGGGCCACGACGGCGGCGUGGCGGACUUUGCCUGGUCGCUUUCCAACGACGUCCUCGUGUCGGCCUCGCUGGACGGGACGCUGCGUCUCUGGGCGCCCAACGACGGCCGCUGCAUCCAGGUCUCGCUGUCCCUCCUGGGGUCCCUAUGA